CAGGCGGAAGAGGUGUGUUUUCUGUACGGAAAACAAUUUCAGCAAACUUUCAUAAAGCGGUUUUAGCAACAACAACAACAACAAAAAGACUAAACAUGGCUCUGUGAAGUAGUUGACUGGUUUUGGCACAGUUCUUUCUGUAAAAAUAAACUUUCUUCUGAAACGAAAGGCGGGAACUAAGUGAGAACAACUUCAAGACGCCAAACGUGCUCCAGAAAGGCCCACAUUUGACAAGGGAGAUUCAGACAGUGGUGUCUCUCCGGUAUGGGGAACAGCAGCAGUGACCGGGGCGGUCAGGGGGACAGGUCCCCCUCUUAUCGAGAUGGACAGCAGGGGGGAAAAGAUGCACGGCCCAAAAUACUGAUGGAUAGCACCGAGGACGCAGACCUGUUCCAAAGAGAAGAUCCAAAGGCUAAUUCAGAGAUGCAGGAGUUUUUUGAAUGGCAGCGAGACCUCGAGAGUUUAACCAAAGGUUCAACACAGGCCAGACCCACAGUGUUCAGGUGGACCGGAGCAGCCAAAGAAGUCUAUGUAUCCGGAUCAUUCAACAACUGGGCUUCCAAAAUCCCACUAAACAAAAGUCAGAAUAAUUUUGUGGCUAUUGUGGAUAUUCCUGAAGGAGAGCACCAAUACAAGUUCUGUGUAGACGGACAGUGGACUUUAGAUCCAACCGGGUCUGUAGUGACAUCUAAAACAGGGACCGUGAAUAAUGUGAUCCAGGUGAAGAGGACGGACUUUGAAGUGUUUGAUGCCCUACGGAUAGAUUCUGAGGAUUCAACAGAAGAAUUAUCCAGUUCUCCUCCGGGUCCAUACCACCAGGAUUCUUACUCAAUCAAAUCUGAAGACAAAUUGAAACAUCCCCCUUAUUUACCUCCACACCUGCUGCAAGUGCUGCUCAACAAAGACACUGGUGUCUCUUGCGACCCAACACUGCUUCCAGAGCCAAACCAUGUGAUGCUCAAUCAUCUGUAUGCUCUGUCCAUAAAGGAUGGAGUCAUGGUUCUCAGUGCAACUCACCGCUACAAAAAGAAGUAUGUGACAACACUUCUUUACAAACCCAUAUAAAACGAUAACUGUUGAUGUAAUGUAAUUUAUACAACUACAUUAUUGAUAAUUUUUCCACAUUCUGUACAUUCUGUACAUUCCAAUUCAGUUGCUGUUGCACUCAUCAAUUAUUAUAGUUAUUACAUUGAGAUUUGUAUUGUGAAAAACUGAAUUUAUAAUUUACCUGUUUUCUUAUUAUGAAAUUGCUUUAGCUGUAUUUGCAUACAAUUUCUACUAUUCCAAUUAUUUUAUUUUAUUUUGUUGUCUUUUUAUUGUAUCAAAUCACCACCUGCUUAUGUUACAAUAAUAAGGGAUUAAAAAUAUCAAAUGGAA